AUGCGCAGUGGCUGCUGGGAGCGGGCCCUAGUCCUCGAGCCGAGCCGUGAGCCUCCUGGCGAACUGGGCCGCGUCGGAAACGCUGGAGCCAUGAACUGGGUUGGCGGCACCAGUGGUCAACAUGAGGCCGUCGUGUCCUCCCUGUCCCUGGGGGUUGGCGGAGGGGCCUGUGGGGAGCUCUUCCCGCUCCAGGCUCCUCUAGUGAGGCCUCCCGAGGCCCUGAGCCCCUGCUGUGUCCGAGUGGCUGCAGCCUGGCUGAGUUUUGGGCCCCAUUCCGGCUGUGCGAGUGUGCAGCGGGCAGCAGUGUUCUUCACUCACUCAUUUCGGGGUUUUUCUGUUUUAGAAAGGCAAAGAUCCAAAAAACAAGAAUACUUUGAAAGGAACAAGUUAAAAUCAAAAAUGAAAUCACUAGGAGUUUUUUCACCUGUCAAGAAUCCCACUGCCAGUUUAGACCUUCUUAACCUGUAUAUGGUAAAUCAGAUUUCGUCCAAGAAGAAAACACCUGAAACCACGAAAAGACCAACCCAUGUAAAUAUGAAUAAAGAUUUGAAACUCCCUCUAAGAAAGCAUGAUUUAGAACUCCCAAUGUCACCUCAUUGUGUACCUUCUAAACUGUGCAUUGAUGAUACAGAAAACAAUGUACCCUAUCAAAGAUUAACUAGCAAAGAAGAAAUUGGCCCACUUCAGGUGAGACUUAAAGAAAAUUACAAGUUCUUGCAUUAGGAAAGGUUCAAAAUGGAAAACUACACUUGUCUUCCACCAAGGUCUUUUCCAGCAGAGUUACCUUCUAACAGACAUAUUCCAAAACACAAUUUCACUCCAAGAAUAGCACUAAGUCCACAGAAAUUUGCUUGUGUAAAAAAGCAGAAUGAGCAGUUCAGUAAUAGAAACUGUUCUGAUCCCUUAACUUCCAAAUUAAAUGAACAUCAAGAUGUUUUCAUUUCACCUCAUGAAAGUGCACAAUUUGGAACAUUAUUUGAGAGAAUCAAUCGUCCAGAAAAUGGCGAUUUCAUUCCUGAAAGAGCUAAUAUACUUAUGGCUGAAGACUGUGGACGCCUGCAGGAAAGAAGACGGCCUGAUGCCAUUGUCGGAAGACAGGCCGCACAGCACUGGGGACACAGUGGAAAAGGCUUUUCUCAUUUUCUCAAUGACGUGAGCCAGCCAACUCAGAGACAUCUGAAAGAUAGUCAUGACUCUUUUGUUAGUCACAACAUGAUCAACUUAUUAAACAGGGAUCAACUGAGGAUAAAGGAAACCUUUCCUAAGUGUGGUUAUGACACUUCGAGAAAAGUCCAUGUGGUUUGUUCUGAUGAAAGCUGUUCCACUGAUGGAUUCAUUAAAAGCAGCUUUGUAGUUCCAGAGUCAACUUUCAGUAAUUCUACUUUCAAUACGUGCUAUGUAGAAAUGUGUCAGUCAAACAAGAGCUAUCAGAAGGAGUACAGUGAUGAUGAUAUCCAUGAAUUUAGAAGGCCUUUUGAGGAUUGUUACCCAUCCAGCUCUGGGAACAAAGAUGUUUGGUCUUCACAGAGUAGUCAGUCUGCCAGCUACUCUCCAAGGGCAACUGAGAGUUGCUUCAGUUCUAGCUCAGACAUACUAUCUGAAGAGGAAGAUCAGAUAUCGCAGCAAAUUGAGAACUCAGAUAAGAAAACCUCAGAAGCAUCUAAUAAUUAUUAUCAGGAAAGGACAGUGAAAAAUAAUGCUGAUCAAUUUCCAAAGUCUCAGUGCAGUGCAGAACACAUAUUGCAAAACAAAACUAUUCCUGACUGCACUCUUCAGGUUGGAAGAUGUGAUACAGGGGUACAAACAGAGAGGGAGCCUGCCGUGGGGGUGAAAAUAGACGUUGCCAUACAGUGCAGCAUGAUUUCACAUUGUACAUGUAAACGUGCCGUGUCCCCUUCACAGUGCUGACACUGCAGUGGGAGCAGUAAAGCAGAUACCACUGGAGGGCAGGAUGCCCUUGGGAAUAACUCUGAUGCCUCAGCCCAGGGCAUAGUGUUUCACUUAACCUUGGAAGGCCAUAGGAAAAAGUUCAGAAGUGUAUUAACAUCAGUAAUGAGAAAAUAA